UGACGGAAUUCCAGAGAGGAGGAUUUCUUUUUUAGAUGUUUUGCCAAGUUCUCAUACUCUCUUCGGACCAUGGCGGAAAACAAGCAGCAAACAAAUGGAUCUGGGAGCACAGAGCGCCUUUUAUCUCAUUCCAGCUUGUGGAGCAUGGGUACAACUGCCAGCGCUGCACCCCAGCCUGUUUAUGUAGCAUCACCGCUUGAGAGUGUCCAUGGCAACGGGAUGGCCAACAGCAAGCAGUCUUUAAGUAUUAGCCCCUUCUCUACAGUCAGCAUCCACAACAGCAAGGCCAAGUCCAUUAUCACCAACAAAGUUGCACCGGUCGUCAUCACAUAUAAUUGCAGACAAGAAUUCCAGAUUCACGAUGACAUCCUCAAAGCCAACUACAAAGUUGGUCGGAUAUCAGACUCUAUGCCCGAGCACUACCUUGUGAAGGGGGAGUACUUCAUGGUUCAAGAUGUGUACAGCAAAGCAGACGUCCUUAACACCACAGGCAGCUAUGGAGCUCCCAAUUUCCGCCAAGUGAAGGGAGCCUACCCGCUGUAUGGGAUGGGUCAGCCCAGCCUUAAUGGUUUCAAACAGGUUCUGCAGAAACUCCGAGCACAAGGACAAGAGGAGAUAAUAUUCUUCUGUGUGAGAGAAGAGCCGGUGGUGUUUCUCCACAAGGAUGACGACUUUGUGCCGUACACCCCCCGAAGGAAGGAAAAUCUCCACGAGAACCUUCAUGGGCUGGAAAAGGAGACGACGGGGGAACACCUAGAGCUGGCCAUCAGAAGCGAGCUUCAGGAUUUUGCCAAACUCAACGAAAACGUCUUCUACGUCUACAACGACAUCGAGUUCUUUAAAGACGAACCACAGAAGAUAGCGAUCACGUGUGAGGAGGACAUCCACGUGACUGAAGAGGUCUAUAAGAGGCCGAUGUUCACCGUGCAGGGCUACAGGUACUACAGAUUACCACUGCCAAUGGAGGGAGCGCCACUGGAAGAAGACUUUGAUGCAUUUGUUAACAUCCUCAGGGAGAGCCCCAGCUUGUCUCUGGCCCACAGCGCGUCCCGACAGCUUCCUACUCUGCUCUUCAGCUGCCAGGUGGGCGUCGGACGCACCAACCUCGCUAUGAUCCUGGGCACGUUAGUCAUGAAUCGCCUCAGUGGAUGCGCACAGCCACCAUCCCAAGUUGAGGAGGCAGCCACUUCAGAGACCAGACCACUAUUUCACGUCAUUCAGUGUCUGAUCGACAGGUUGCCUAAUGGACAGCAGAUCAUGGAAGAGGUUGACCAUGCAAUUACCUUGUGUUCAGAAAUGCACAACAUCAAGGAAGCAAUCUAUGAGAACAAGAGUAAGCUCGAAGGACUUGGAGAAGAUUAUCAAAUUCAGGGAAGCAGUACCAAAGACUACUUUCUCAACAGAACAAUGCAAAGCCUGGAGCGCUACUUCUACUUGAUUGUGUUUAAUGCCUACCUUCAUGAGCAGUACCCCCUCGCCUUUGUGUCCAACUUCAGUCAGUGGAUGUCCAGCCGCUCCUGGUUGUACCGGCUACUGGCACGCAUGAACGCAUCCGAGCUAUCCGCUCCGGCUGAGCUGGUCACCAGAGGAGCCCGAGUCCUGGUUGCUGAUGAGUACUUGGCCCCCGACGUGCUCAGCACAGUCAAGGAGAUGAAGGUGGCCAACUUCAGACGAGUGCCCAAGAUGCCUGUUUAUGGAGUGGCCCAGCCGACAUUAGAGGCGACUGGGGCCGUGUUGGCCCAUCUGACAGAUGAGAAAAGGAAGCACAGCCACGUGUUGUGGGUCAACCUACACGAGGAGUUGGUGUUUGAAGGAAAUGGAAAGAUCUUUACUCCCAGGGAACCCUUAUGUUUGGACCAGCCCAUCCCUGUCCCAACAAGCGACUCACAAGUGCUAGAGAAAUUGGAAAUGUCCCUGAAGGAGGAGAUUCUGCGUGCUCAGAAGUGGCUGGAGGUGACGCUGGAGCAGGAGAAACAAAUGAAGAUGUUUAAAAGUGGCCUGACGGUUCAGGAGAUCUUCAACCAACACAAAAGCUCCUACCAAGGCCUCGUGUACAAACGUAUCCCAAUGCCUGAAUGCUGCGCACCGAAGGCGGAGGAUUUUGAUAAGCUGUUGGGGGCCAUGAAGGAUGCUUUGGCUGAGGAUUCCCUCUCAGCUUUUGUUUUUAGCUGCUCCAACGGCAGAAGCAGGUCUACGACCGCCAUGGUUGUUGCAGUUUUGACUCUCUGGCACUUUAAAGGUUUCCCAGAGUUUGCUGAUGAGGAGAUUGUGAGCGUUCCAGAUGCCAAGUACACAAAAGGAGAAUUUGAGGUUGUGAUGCAGCUUGUUCGUCUUCUCCCCGACGGCCAAAGGAUGAAGAAGGUGGUAGACAUGGCACUGGAUACAGUCAGCGAGACCAUGACCCCCAUGCACUAUCAUCUGAGAGAGAUUAUUAUCUGCACUUAUAGACAGGCUAAACAUGAAAAGAGUGACAAGGAGUGUCAGCAGCUGAUGCUGAAGAGCUGGCGGUACCUGGAGCGCUACAUGUACCUCAUCCUCUUCAGCACGUACCUGCAUCUGGAGAAGAAGGACUCCUGGCAGCGCUGCUUCUCCGUUUGGAUGGAACAGGUGGCCGCCAGAGCCGGAGUUUAUGACCUCCUCAACCAGCUGGGCUUCUCAACGUUCGAAGACCCGAGGGACAUGCAGCUGGGCAGGCUGCGCUACCGCUGGCAGCAGCAAAACGUUCAGUCGCUUCCUUUCCGAGGGGAGUUCAUCUGAGAGGAUUGCCCCAAAACAGCUCUGUGCUGUUCAGAAUGAGACAUUUAGUGACCUUAUGUUUUCAGUAUUGCCCCCUGUAUGCCUCUACUCCAUCUUUUUGUUUGUUUUAUUCUGGGGUUUUUUCUAACUCACUGAUGUUAGUUUAAUGUUAAGGUUGUUUUAUAUCUUGUUCUAAAGUCAGAAAUAGGCAAGUUUCUCUUUUUUGUGCCUUUUGAAU